AUAAUUAAAAGAGAAACAGAAUCAGUGUUAUUGAAGAAUAGAAUACAACACGAAUUCUUUUCUGUUCUUUGCUUUGUCUCAGUGAUGAUGAGGUCGUGACUGAGUGAGAUCGCUCUAUACUAUCCACCGACGCCAUUUUUCUCCAAAAGAAUCAAUGGUUUCGAACAGAGAAGACGUUUCCACUCCUUUGGAGUGGAAGUUUUCUCAGGUCUUUGGUGAAAGAAGUCCUGACGAAGAAGUUCAAGAUGUUGAUAUCAUAUCAGCAAUUGAGUUCGACAAGACCGGUGAUUACCUUGCCGUCGGAGAUCGUGGUGGCCGUGUUAUUAUUUUCGAAACAGAUACCGGAAAAGAUACACCAAGCCAGCAGUUUUCAAGAAGUAAGAUGGAGCAAACGGAUUUAACUCAAACAAGGCAUAUUCGGUAUCAAUACAAAACCGAAUUUCAGAGUCAUGAGCCUGAGUUCGAUUACUUGAAGAGUUUGGAAAUUGAAGAGAAGAUCAACAGAGUUAGAUGGUGUGCAACACCCAAUGGAUCAUUGUUCAUCCUUUCAACAAAUGAUAAGACAAUUAAACUGUGGAAGAUUAAGGAUCGUAAGGUGAAGAAAAUAAAAGAAAUGGACUCCUCUCCUUAUGUGUCUUCAGAAAACACUCUUUUAGCUGAGAUGAGUUUCAUGAGUGGGCGAAACACUCAGUCUGUUCCUAAUGGAUAUCAGCUGGAUUGGACAGAGAAUAUGGCUAAGAACAUGUCACCAUCUCAAGAAGUGCACACCAAGAUUGCCAAUACUGGAGACAGUGCUCAUACAAGAUGUCAAAAGGUUUAUGGGCAUGCUCAUGAUUUUAAUAUCAACUCAAUUUCAAAUAAUAGUGAUGGGGAGACAUUCAUCUCUGCAGAUGACCUCCGAAUAAAUUUGUGGAACCUUGAGAUCAGUGACCAGUGUUUUAAUAUUGUUGACAUGAAGCCAUCAAACAUGGAUGACCUGACUGAGGUCAUUACUUCAGCGCAAUUUCAUCCAAUUCACUGUAAUCUGCUUGCAUACAGCAGCUCAAGAGGUUUUAUUCGAGUGGUUGACAUGCGGCAGUCUGCAUUAUGUGAUAAUAGUGCUAGAAUAUUACGACAUGCAGAAUCCCAUGGAUCAAAAUCUUUUCUUACAGAGAUAGUGGCAUCCAUUGCUGAUAUAAAGUUUGCAAAAGAUGGGAGGCACCUCCUAAGUCGUGAUUAUAUGAAUUUAAAGCUGUGGGAUAUGCAUAUGGAUUCUACACCAGUUGCAACAUUCAAGAUUCAUGAGCACCUACGCCCCAAUCUAUGUGAAUUGUAUAAUGAUGACUCCAUAUUUGAUAAAUUUGAAUGCUGUGUCAGUGGAUGUGGACUUCAUUUUGCAACUGGAUCCUAUAGCAAUCUUCUGCGUAUCUUCUCUCAUGGUGUUGGAAGUGCAGAAGGGGUCACAAUUGAAGCCAGCAAAAGUAGAAACAGGUCACUUCUUCAAGCUGCUCCAAGGGUGAGAAGGUCUUCUUUAAGCAACCUGGCUCGUGGGUUUUAUCGGCAAGGGCAUGAAUAUUUAAGCUUGGAUAGUAAUGAAUAUUCUCGUAACUCGAGCUCCAAGUUGCAGCAUCUAGCAUGGCAUCCAGCCGAAAACUUGAUAGCCUGUGGUUCUGGAAAUAGCUUGUUCUUGUAUCACGCGUAGUUUCCUCCUGUAUAGACAGACGUAAAUAUAAUGGAAUCCAAAUCUAGUCAGGAUAUAUUUGUUAGAAAUCACAUAAUUAGAACUUGGAAAAAUAAAAUACAUGAAAUUUCUCUCACUCCUCUCUUGAUGUCUUUGUCCAUAAAAUCAAGGAGGAGAUAGAUAUUAAAUGAAUAGGAUUACGACAUGGACAUAGGAACUCUCUUAACAGACUCUUCAAUAAAGAGUUAGGUCUUACAUUUA